AAGUUAAGGAGGGAACUGCUGAAAGAUAUCAGCUAGAGCAAAUGCUUGGUCUUGUAUAGUUCGGAGGGCUGUAGAAUUCAGUAGAUACUGUGUGUGCUACUUGUUUUAAGAAGCUAAAAGAGGAGAUUUACAAUGCAUUGAAUAACUAACCAUUUUCUGGGAACCUUCUUGGAGCACCAAAUGGGUGCAUUUUAUACUCUAUGCUGUCAUACUGAUGAUAAAGAAGAGAAGAAUGCAAUAUUAUGUCAUCAGUCCUCCAGUAAGGCCAGUGUGUCAAGUGGGAGUGAAGUCCAGCUGGAGUGUGUCUCUGAACUGAAGCAAGAGAGGAACCCAUGGAAAACUCCUUGCAGCUCCAUUUCCAUCACAGAUGGUGAAUCAGACCAGGAGCUGCAGGCCUUUAUCAUGAUGAGGAACCAAGUGGAUAAAGACACUGAGGAGUGGGAGAAACUGAACUAUGACAUCCACACACUGAAGUGUGCUCGUCGAGAGGUCUGUGUACGCUGGAAAAAGAUUCUUGUGCUGCUGGGUUACCAGAUGGAGGUGGACUUGCUGCUGGCAGUAAAUAAGCAGAGUAUUCUGAGGAAUGGAGAGGACGUGGAGAGAGCCAGAGAGUUGCUACACACAGUAUGUGAGGAGUCCAGCCUGUUUCCCCGUGGAGUGGAACCCAAUGACAGAUACAUCUUGGUCAUGGAUCGCCUGGUCUCUUUGGACAGCGCUGAGGACUUUGUCAGACUUGCCAAGCAGAAAUAUCCCAGAACUGAACUUCGAGAGGACAAUGAGACUCACUAGGCUUAGAAAUGAAAUAGUGUCUAUGUGUGUUUGCUGUUGGAGUGAACUGCAGGCACUGGAAGAAGUGACUCAUGUGCCUACAGGAGCAAGUAUCAAGGAUAAAUGUACAAUAUUUUUGCACUGAGACAACUACAUAAUCACAGACUUAAUAACUCAGCAUAUUGUAUUUUUCAGCAUAUUGUAUUAUUCAUAUUUCAAUCAGCAUAUUGUAUUUUUAGAGCAAGAUUACUUCAAGAUGGAGAUGGUAGCUCCAACACAUUUUCUGUGUAUAGUUCUUCUGUGAAUAGUCCACCAUUAACUCCAAACCUCAAAGCACUGAAGAUUAACCAUUACUGAAAUAGAUUUAAAUGUAUUUUUAAAUGAUAAUGCAUUUGUAGUAUUAAAAUAUGAUCAAAUAAACAUUACUAAUUUUUGCUAUUGUAGAAUUUUAAACGCUUGGGAUCCAGGGAGCCAGCCUGUUGUCUGUACAGUGAAGUUUAUUGUUGCACGCUCAAGAUCUCAGACAUACAGCUAGCCCAUAAGACAUUGGGCUAACACAGUUAUUUAGCUGGACUGAUGUCAAGCUUAGACGUAGCUCAUACAGGACAAGUAACAGGUGUGACAAACAUGACCAUAUAGGGAUAAACAAGAAUAGAUAGAAGAAUGUUCUAAAUACAGAAUGUGUAACACAGAUAUAGCACAAUUCAAAACAAUAAAUUCCUUCACUAUCCUAAGUCGCUGCACAUAAGUUAUAUAAUAUCCUCUUGGACAGUUAUCACCUUCAUGGGCUGUGUCUUUUUAUGUGCUGAAUUUUGUGCCGACAUCAUGAACUCAUUCCAAAAGUGUUAAGCAUUGUGCCAGAUCAGAUGUAGAUGCUGGUAAAUUUACAUCAAACUUUAAAACUUCAGCACAGGUUCCCAACUGUGGUUCUGAGGUUCCAGUUUUGUGUUUUUUCCCUACUCAAACCACACCUGACACAACUAAUCUAAUUAAACUAAUUAAGCCCUUCAUGAGCGCCAGGCUUAUUAAACACUUAAGCUUAUUAUCCAGUAACUACAGGGACAUUAAUGCAAAGUGAUUAAGCUAUUCAUAGAUUAUAGAAGUGUAUAAUAAUUAACUUUUGGCCCGCUGGCAGCCUCUGGCCAUGUAAGGGGUUAAAACAAGAGGGUUUAAGCAGGAAAACACUAAAACCCACAAAUCAGUGGUUUAAGUGCAAUUUUUAAAUUGUUUGUAAACGUCACCACCAGGGGUCAGUAUUGAUUAUUUUUUCUUACAAUCGGUCUCACACGUUUCUCUUUUUUACUAAAGCACUGAUAAAGGGUCACCAAGUGUUCGGAGAUGUUGAAUAUCUGGUGUAUUAAAGUCUGUUUUGUAACUCA